UAUUAUGUAUGUGGGUAUGCAGCGGAUUUGCAUUUGUGAGGUCUACCUGUCUCUAAAAAUAUACAGUCAGUCAUUGCUCGAUCUCGUUGUUUUAUUGAAGUGUUCCCUAUACUUUUACAUGGCGCAGCCGGUUAAAGUGAUAAAAAGUGCAUAAUUUAAAAAGCAGAAGACAAGAAAGUGAAGAUAGUAAGAAAAUUCGGAAAGAAAAAAACAAGAUGGAAUCGGUUCUUACUCCCCCUUUGCCGUUUAAGUUUGAGGAAAAUGUAACCAAUAUGGCGUUUGGCAGUUUGUGUGAAUCUUGGGAGAAGUGGAAGAAUGGUUUUCAAAUAUACGUAAAGGCAUGCGAACUUAAUAAGAAAACAGAAGAAAUACAAAUGAACAUUUUUUUACACGUCGUAGGGGAACAGUGCCGUGAGAUAAUAGAACAAAGUACGACGAAAUGUACAACAUUAGCGGCUUUAAUAGGUCAAGUCGAUAAUCAUUUUAAAGCGAAAAAAAAUGUAACGGUCGAGCGUCAUCGGUUUUUUACUCGUCAACAAGGUGAACACGAGUCCAUAGACCAAUACGUCUUUGAGUUGAGAAAGUUGGCUCAGUCGUGCGAGUUUGGUAACUUAAACGACGGAUUAAUAAAGGAUAGACUCGUAUGUGGAAUCGUGAGCGCAGCGAUUAGAGAGCGACUGUUACGCGAAGACGACCUAACGCUAAAUAAAGCGUUAGAAAUAUGUCGGGCUGCUAUAGUGUCGAAAAUGUAUUCGGAGGACAUUAAACGCGAGUGUACUAGUGAGACAAAAGGUAACGAAGUGUGUGCGGUAGCUAACAAAGAAGUGUACGAGUUGAAUCGGUCAGGUGCGAAAGUCGAAGCAAAAUCGAGUCGUGGUAUGAGUUCCGGACGAGGAUGGCGCGGGCGCGGAUGGGCGCAUGGCGCGGGGCGCAGUGGCGCGCCGGGCGCGGCAGGCCCGGCCGGCGCUCAGCACCGCGCGCCGUACGCAUAUCGCGGAGGGCGGUGCGGUCAGUGCGGCGGCGUGCACAAAAAGUACGAUUGUCCGGCGUAUGGCAGGAGCUGCAUGAAAUGUUCCAGACCAAAUCAUUUUGCCAGGAUGUGCAGGGUGUACAUGGUGGAAGAGUCUGAGGACCAGGAUAGUGAGGGCUCCAGAUAGAUGGGGUGACUGGAUCUAACAACACAUGUCAGUGCUCCACAGAGGAUGGAAACGCAUCCUACAUAUCUUAUAUGUACUAAAAUAAUCAAAAUAGAAUACCUAUACUAUGUUAUUAUUAUAAAUACAACAAAUUAUGCAUGAACGACAUUUUAGUCAUAUGUGAUAGUCUAUAACUUAUAACUAAAACUUAAUUACCAUGUAGUACACAAAACCUGCAAUUAUAUUUUAUAUGUACAUAUUAAUAAUUUAUUAUGAAGUACGCAAGUCAAAUUUGAGGUCAUAGCAAUGUAAACCUUGUUUAUUGCCAACUUGGUCGAGUUUUGAAUAAUCUGUUGUGUAAAAACAAAAAUUAAUCCUUAAUAUGCGAAGUUCAUUAUUGUAUAUUUUAAAUACCUAGUGACACACUUAUUGUGUUAUCAAUGCAGUUAAUAUUGAAUGAGAUUUAUUGUAUUUUGUCGCUAUACACCUGUCAGUCUAUUGGAAGUGAGGUAGUACUUACUAGGGAAAAUGUAUUCUUUAUUAUAAUAUCAUUAAAAUAAAAUCAAGUUUGUAACCCAAUGUGCCAUUAUUGUUGUGCAAUUACCUACUAUUAUUAUUAGUUAUAGACACUGUAAAAUAAUUAAAUUUAUUUCAGAAGUCUUUAAUGUAUUGAAUUGAAAUUUAAAAUGUAAAAAAAAAAAAAUAUAUAUAUAUAUGCAUGCUGAAUGCGACUAAAUUUUUUUUUGUUUUGUUUUGAAAAGGGAAGAUGUCAUAUUAUGUAUGUGGGUAUGCAGCGGAUUUGCAUUUGUGAGGUCUACCUGUCUCUAAAAAUAUACAGUCAGUCAUUGCUCGA